ACAGACUUUUACAAUACAGUGUUGGAUCGGUCUUUAAACGUAACUCACGCUUUGUGAAAGUUACAUAGGCGUUUAGAAAACUAAAUAUUUUGCUGUAUAUUUGAUUCUGAACAUCAUUCAAGAUGCCUCAAAAUGAACAUAUCGAACUGCACAGAAAGAGGCAUGGCUAUCGGUUGGACUACCAUGAGAGAAAGAGGAAGAAGGAGGCUCGUGAACCCCAUGAAAGAGCCCACAAAGCCAAGAUGCUUACUGGCAUCAAUCCAGAGGGUGCUGUUCCAGCUUAUCUACUAGAUCGUGAGGGACAAUCAAGAGCCAAAGUUUUAUCGAAUAUGAUUAAACAAAAAAGGAAAGAAAAGGCUGGUAAAUGGGACGUACCAAUACCAAAAGUUAGGGGUGUCGGUGAAAAUGAAGUCUUUAAAGUUAUAAGAACAGGAAAGAGAAGUAAAAAAGCAUGGAAAAGAAUGGUUACCAAAGUUACAUAUGUUGGAGAAGGGUUUACAAGAAAACCUCCAAAGUUUGAGAGAUUUAUCAGACCAAUGGCACUGCGUUUCAAGAAGGCUCAUGUGACACAUCCCGAGUUAAAGGCAACAUUUCAUCUUCCAAUAAUUGGUGUUAAGAAGAAUCCCACAUCACCUAUGUACACGUCACUCGGAGUUAUCACCAAGGGAACUGUUAUAGAGGUUAAUGUCAGUGAACUAGGUCUUGUAACACAAGGUGGAAAAGUUGUUUGGGGUAAAUAUGCACAAGUAACUAAUAAUCCAGAGAAUGAUGGCUGUAUAAAUGCAGUGCUACUGGUAUAGACAACAAAUAGGCCUACAAGAAGAGAAAAACAUUAAAAGCACCAAAAAAAAAACCAGCAAAACUCAAAAAUAUUUAUGUUUACAAUAUUGAAAUAUAAAAUCAAGUACAGUUACAAGUACUAGUAGUCGAACCUACUUGGAACAUAAAAAAAAAAUAACAAAGGAAAGCAAAAUAUCUAAUUUUUUAAUUUUUUUUCGAAUGAAUAAACAAUGCUGAUCUUUGAACUGA